AUGACAACGGACAACGGGCUCACCCAGAGCGCGGACGUCAAGCUCCCCGGCCUCGGCUUGCCCAUCGAUGCGCACGUCAAGAAGUUUGACCCGACCUAUGAGGAGAAUGAGCGCGGGUACCGCGUCGCGACGUAUCCGGCGCAAACCAAGGCCGCGGCCGGACACACCUUUGCCUUCUUCCCCUCGGCGAUCGAGGAGGAGUCCUGGCGCGCGGGCACCGUCACCACGCGCGAGCGUGCCAUGUGGGCGUUCAUGGAGGCAAUCAGCGACAAGCCCGAGUGGACGCGCAAGGUGUUUGACGACACUAUCGUGGGCAAGUGGUACCGCGAGCUGAGGGAGCGGAUGGGGUCUGAGCCGACCGAGGGCGAGUUCUGGAACAAGGCCGAGUGGGAGGAGGCCGAGUGCGAUGACGACGACAAGGCAAUCGACUGGCGCAAGGACCGCGACUCCUUCCCCUCUGAGCAAGUCAAGGCCCUGCCCUUCCCCUGGAACCGGGGGUUCAGCGAUGCCAUGUUUGCGUGGUGCGUGCGCGAGCUGCGCGACAAGGCGCGCAUCGAGGAGAAGACGGGCAUCGUCUCGGCGCUCGAGAGCAGCGCCGCCGUCCUCAAGAGCGACAGCGCCAUCCCCGCCGACCUGAAGGACAGGCUGCGCACGCAGGCCGCCCGUCUCGAGGAUGUGCCCGACAAGGACAAGGACUGGCACCCGGGCAGCAACGAGCAGGUGCUCGACCUCGUGCACCCCUCCCUCUUCCCGCUCGUGUAUGGGCGUUCGCGCGGCUUCACGGACCGCGUGAUCGCCUCGCCCGAGGCGGCGCUCGAGCUCAUCGGCGCCGGCGAGGUCAUGGGCCACACCUACGUCCCCUGGACGCGCGAGCGGUACAAGGAGGCGCUGAUGGAGUACCGCAGCUGGCAUCCGACGACGGACGAGGAGUGGACGCGGUUCAACGGCGCGCUCGACCGCAUCGUGAACGGCGACACCAAGAUCCCCGGCGCAGGCGACCGGACGCACCUGUCGCAGCGGUUCCAGUGGCUUCCCGCCGAGGUGGACGUGGCGUACUCUGAAGACGGCGAGGUGCAGUGCACGUUUGCAAGCUACAUCAACAACCUGCACCCGGUCGAGUACAAGGAGCUGUACGACGUGUGCGGGGGCGUGCUUGCGCGUGUGCUGCCCAUGUUUGACGCGGUGUAUGAGCGCGUCAUGUCCUGGGACUGGGGGGAGGCUCCGCGCAAGCGGAUCGAGGCGCUGGACACGAAGCGCCAGUGCACGACGCCAGACGCGUGCGGCGACUACUGCGACAGCGACAACAUGCCGCGCGACGAGGAGGACGACAGCGAGGACGACGACGUCUGGGAGCAGCAGGAGGCGUGGUACGAGCGCACGCACGCCGUGCAGCAGCCCAACCCCCCCGUGGCCACCUACACCUACCCGGGCAUCGAGUCGUUCAAGUCCCGCGACCUCUUCGGCGGCGCGAAGCGGCUCCAAGUAAUCGUGAAGAUGGCCAACAUCCACCUCACGCCCGACAAGCCCGCCUACGAAGGCGGCAGCUGGCACCUGGAGGGUCUGCACAAUGAGCGUAUCUGCGCGACGGCGCUGUACUACUACGACGUCUCGAACAUUAGCGAGAGCAAGCUCGCGCUCCGCACGAACGGCAACGGGGAGGGCCCCGAGGGCCUCAGUGUCGAGUUCCGGUACGACCAGAACGACCACGCCGGCCCGGCGCAGUACUUUGACAUCGAGACGGACUGGGACGCAAGCCCGAUCCAGGACCACGGCGCAGUGGUGGCGCGCGAGGACCGCGUGCUCGUGUUCCCGAACACGUAUCAGCACCGCGUCGAGCCGUUCGAGCUGCUCGACAAGUCCAGGCCGGGGCACAGGAAGAUUCUGGCCUUCUUCCUCGUCGAUCCCGCCACGCCCGUCGUUGGUACCGCCAACGUACCGCCGCAGCAGGCUCACUGGGGCCACGCGGGACGGAAUGUGCUCGAGCACCGCCUCCCCGAGGAACUCGUCAGGCAGGUAAUGACCGACGUCGACUGCCCGUAUGACCUCGAUACGGCUAAGAAGAUCCGCCUCGAGUUCAUGGACGAGCGCAGUGCAAAGGUCGACGAGGAGAAUAAGGAGCUCAGCCGGAAUGGCGGGUGGAUCCUCGGCGUCGGACCAGUCAAACGAGCUCUGGUCGCCGCGCGGCGCCCCGGGCUCCGAUUCCCACUCGGUAUCUGGCCCGCUGUCCGAGGCCCACGCAAAGUCAUCGUCGGCCAGCUGGCCCUCCUGCGCAGCGAGGGUGGCGUGGUUGCUCGCCGCGGCGACAUGCUCGACCAGCGCGGCCGUGUGCUUCCCCACCCCGGCGAGCAUGAGGCGGUACUGCUUCGCCGCUUCCUUGUACCGCGCCCCAAUGGCGGCCAUGACCUUGUAUCGCCUGUACUUACCCUCAAAGUGCUCGGCGCGCGAGGCGGUGUGGCGCAAGCUCCUGACCUCGGUGCGGAGCGCCUUGACCUCGGCGCAGAGGGCGCGCACGACCGAGUCCUACUCGGUCACGACGGCUAUGGGGUGGUUGGCGCACUUCAACGUCUUGUUCGAGAGCUCGCACGGCGCGUCGUCGUGCAGGACGGCGGCCAGGUCCUUGUGCGCCGCCUCGCGGUCGAUCACGAGCGAGUCGAGCGAGUCGAGCAGGUUGCUGCUCCGGUAGUUGCGCGUGAGCCAGAUGGCGAGCACGGCCGCGUCGAUGCCGCCCAUGUCGGGCCACUGGAUUGUGCGGAUCGGCUUGCUCGCCAUCCCCGGCACGAUGGGGGCGUACGCGACUGCGUCGACGGCCGACUCGCGCCCAUGGCCCCCGCACAGGAUGAAGAUGCCGCUGUUGCUGUCGAUGAGAGAGACGAUCCGGCGUCCCGCGUCAGAGGGACUAAUGACGGACACGACGGUGCCGUUGCGGUGCGCUGCGGUGGGGUUCUUGACGAGCUGGGUCAUGCGGUGCGACGUCACUUUGGCUCGAGCCAGGAUGCGGUGCACGUCCUUCUCGCUGUAGUCGAAGGGGGUCUGGGGUUAGCUAUGCCAUCGAUCGCCCAGCUGAGGACUGAGGGCUGGGUGGCGACUCACCUUGGGCUUGACGGGGAGGGAAGCAGACGUCGCGAGGACCAUGUUGGCUUCUCCCUGGCGCUCAUCACAGCCUUCGUCUCACUCCAAGAACUGCACAUCCGAGCAACAUCUCGAUCGCCCACUCCGCCUUGCACUCGCCGUGUCUUCCUUCCUCCCCGUAUCCUCUUCUCCAUGUCGACUCGCCGUUUGAACCUUUUUUUCUUCGGCUUCCUCUUUGCCAGCAAGACGCUGUUCUCUGAGGGAGGUGCUUGCUCUGGGUGCCAACGUCGAGUGGAAGCAUAUCACAGUGUGGCGUAUGAAGCCCCUGUGCAGCUCGCAGAACUGUUUUCUCUCACUGCCCCGUAA